AUGAUAUUUUUAUUAUGCAUAUCAGCUGUUUUAGCAAACUUUAAUACUUAGUAUGUAACUGAUCAAUUGGAAAUUUAACAAACAAAUUUGAAUAGUUCCAAAACUUAUUUGUUGUCCAUGAUAAUUACUCAAUUACCAAUAAAUAAUUAUUGUUUACCAUUGCUAUAAAUCAUCAUAAAUAAUUAAACUUAUAAUGAUUCAUUAGCUUAUUCAAUUAAAGCUAAUAUUCAGAAAGUAUAUUUUGAUUAAACUGAAAAUAUUACUAUCAAAGUUAGUUGUAAUUUAUUAGAGUACUUUUAAAAUCAAAAAAACAUCAAUAAAACAAUGCAUUUUAAUUUGACUCUAAAUGAAGCUGUAAAUCUAAUUUCAAUUUUAGAAAUAACAUAUUUAAUCACCUUGUUAAUUCCCUCAUUAUGGAUAGAAUUGCAGUCUUUCAAUUUAACAAAUCUAAAAAGAAUUUUCUGUAACAAUUCUAAUUUUGAACAAUACCUGGUUUUAUGCUUAUACUAUUCUUGAUAAUAACAAUUAUGAAGUAAUUAAUAUUAUAAUAAUUUACUAGGUUUAUGUUUAAAAUGGAGAAUCCUUAUUUGGUAUUUCUAUCAUUUCAUUUAAUAAAGUUAAUGUAACUAGACUUCCAUCAUUUCUAUAAAAUUUUGUUGUUUUAAAUACUGAUAAUAAUGAAAAUUAAAUUUCCUUAUCUUAAACAGAAGAUAGUUAGGAUAGUAUAUAUAUAAUUGGAUUGUAUAAUUUCAAUUCCACUUAAAUUCAAGAAAUUACAAUUACAAUUACGUACAUAUAAUAAAUAAUAAAUAUAGAUGUCCUUUUUAAAAUGAAGAAUUUCCAUUUUGGGCUACUAUUCUUUUGAUUUCUAUAGUAAUUUUUGGUCUAUUACUUUUUCUAAUAAUAUUAUGUCAUUAUAGAAGAUAAUACAAAAAAAUUACUUAAAUUAAACCAGUUUUGGAUAGAAAAGUAUUAAAAAAAUAUAUGCCAACUAAAAAAGUGGAUUCUAAAAUGAGUUCUGAUACUUGUUCAGUUUGUUUAGUUUAAUUUGAAUUAAAAGAGAAAUAUUGUUAAACUCCUUGCAAUCAUUAUUUUCACGAACAAUGUUUAUAUGAUUGGUAUACUAAUAUUCUAUUAAAGGACAACAAAAUAAGCUAAUUGUCCAGUUUGUAGAUAAGGUUUAUUAGAAAAUGAAAUUAAUCAAUUAUAAGAGGUUAAGAAAAACAGAAAUCUAUAAGCAGAAUAGUUAAAUAAUUAGGAAUCUAUAAAAUCAAAGGAGGAUCCACCAUCACAAACUUACAGGGAUUUACCAUUUCUAUAAUUAUCAUCUUCUCCUUUUAGAACUUAGUGUAAAAUAGAAUUAGAUUGCUCUCCUUAAGGAGAACAUUCACCUUAAAUAAUUUAAUUUGAUGGAUCUCCUCAAAAUCUAACAAAUCGAAAUCUGUAUUUUUAAUCAGAUGGCAUUGUAGAAUCAUAAAAUUGA